GGAGCGUCCGCGUCCGCGGACGGCGCCAAUCGCUCACAGCUUCCCUCGCUUCCUCGCUUCUCGCUCGAGCUGCCUGCUGUGACGCCAAGCAUGGACACCUACGCGAGCCUGUCGCUCGACUCGAUCAACUUCUUCAGCACCGCCAACACGCGCGUGUUCCCGACUUUGUGCAACCCGCACGGCAUCACCGACGUCGACGCGUACUGUGCGACCAAGACGAGCGAGGUCUGCUGCGGGCUGUGCCCAAACCAGUCCGUGAGCGGUCCAGGCCAGUUCGUCUGGGCCAUCGUCAGCUACGCCAUCGCCUCGUUCGUCUACACGCUCGCGCCAGGAGAGGUGUGGGGCGUCGGGGUCAUGCAGAUCGUCAACGCUCAAGCGUUCCUCGGCACCGGCUUGGUUCGCGUCGCCAUGGGCGCCGUCGAGGGCGGCAUGACGCUGUGGCACACGCAGUUCCUCUACCCGCAAGCCCUCGGCUUCAUCUACAUCAUGGCGCCCGCGAUCCUCGCCCCGAACUGGAGCCGCCUCGGCCUGUCGCAGAAGGACAUGGAGCGGCGCGUGCGCACCAAGGCCAACGUGUCGCACGUCGCCGCACGCCGCUCGGACGUGCGCGCCGUCGAGGCGGCGCUCUACAAGAAGCAUCAUGACCGCUGGAGCUUGCCCAUCUUUGCGUUCUGGGUCCUGAACAUGUCUGCUUGGACGGGCCUGUACGCCUGGAUCUCGCUCGGCGACAUCGAGUUCUCGCAGUCGAACUGCGAGGGCGAGCCAGCACUCGACGUCCUUCUCUCGCCGACAGCUGUCACCAUCAUUCUCGGCACGCUGGCCUGGAUCCUCGUCUUUUUCGACGGCUUCCUCGUCCUGCGCAAGGAGAAGCAGGGCGGCGCCGACUUCAUCAUCGACCGGUUCCUCAGCAAGGGCAAGGACCGCACGAUGAAGGAGCAUCGGCGGCUCGAGCGUCGCAUCACGAUCGGGACGACACUCGCUCUCUUUGUCCUCUGGCUGUUCCUGAACUGCUGGCUCUGGAUCGAGGCCGAGAAGAAGUUCGCCCUGAGCGGCGCCGACUGGUUCACGUUUGGGCAGGUCGAGCAGAUCACGGCCCUCUUUCCCGACCUUCUCGCGCUCGCCGCGGGCGUGAGCAGCUACCUCGGCACGCGAGACGACCUGCGCCUGUCGCGCACCGAGGUCGACAAGUUCGUGCAGAGGGCGUCGAGGCAGGUCGGUCCGCACGGCGAGGUCGCCGGCGACGCCCAGGAACCCAAGCGCCGGUCGAGGCUUGAGCGUGUGCGCAGACGAGUCGGACGAGCUGUCGAUGCUGGUCGCUCGACCGACGAGCGCGACGCCCACGACGAGCGCACGUCGUCCGACGAUCCGCACGACCCGCUUCACGAGCCUCGCCUGCCCGGUGCCGCCCUCCUCGACAACGCCCAUCGCCGCUCCCGCCGCCGCGAUUCCGGCGUCGAUGACGGCAACGGCGGGCCUGCUCAUCGCUCGUCGGUCGACGAGACGCUCACGGCGCUCCCGCCCAUGUCGUCGCGCCCCGCCGACCCGCCUGCACGCCGUCGCGGUCUCGCCCGCGUCCUCCACCCUCGCUCGUCGCACGCUCAGACGCCGAGAGCUGAGCGUCCACGAGAUGACGACGAGCACGAGGCCGUUCGUCACGCGCCGCACGAGCUUCUGCCCGAGCAGCAGCUGCCGCGCGCGAGCUUCGUCUCUCUGCGCGCGGCGUACGACCUCCCUCGAUCGUCGUCGCACCCACGCGAGCACGAGCCGCAGCACGGGCGAGCGACUGCGCAUGACGAGCACGCGGUGCAGGACAGCCUCGCCAAGCGACACUCGUCGCGAGGGCGGCGGGCGACGAGGAGCCGCCGGACGCUCGCCGACGUCGACGAGGACGAGGACAGGCCGCUCAGGGAAGAGUCGGACGAGCGCGAGUGGUAGCCGGAGGUGGACCAGGGAGAGGAAGGGCGAGAAGGAGGACAAGCUCGAGCUGCGCGACCUUCUCAAACUCGGUGCAACGACGACGAGCUCUCUUUCCU